UUAACAGUCAAGGUUGUGCCGCUCUUUCACAGGCUUUAACAAUGCAGCAUAUUUUGGGAGUUUUCAAGUAAAUCCUCUGAAAUGCACAGCCCAGUGGAAUAAAGGUAGAAUCUGACACAAUGGAAACACACCCAGGAGAGGGAGCUGAUGCCAGAGGAGCUGGAUGAGCUGCAGGAGGCCUUUAAGGAAUUUGACUAUGACGCGGACGGCUUCAUCCAUUACAAAGACAUCGCCGACUGCAUGAGGACCAUGGGCUACAUGCCUACGGAGAUGGAGAUCAUCGAGAUCAUCCAGCAAAUCAAGAUGAAAUGGGGGGGACACGUCGACUUUGAUGACUUCUGCUCGCUGAUGGGGCCGAGGAUGUUGGCCGAGACCGCUCACAUGGUCGGACUGAAGGAGCUGCGCUGUGCCUUCAAACAGUUCGACUGUGACGGCGAUGGAAAGAUCACGUGUGACGAGCUGAAGGAGGGCAUGAAGACGCUGCUGGGGGAGAAGCUGAAGAAAGGUGAGCUGGAGGAGAUCCUCGGUGACAUUGACCUCAACAAAGACGGCAACAUUGAUUUUGACGAGUUUGUUAUGAUGCUUUCUGCACGAUGAGCCCUGACGGAAGAAGACGGAGAGAACAGAGCAGGAUUCCCCAGCUGAACCGUCUCCACUGUCUCCUUCCUGCUGCUGUGAUUCAUCUACAUCCCAAAUGUCUGACUGUAAAAUAUAAAUAUAUAUAUUCAUAAACAUGUAAUAUGUUGAGUAAGUGCAGAGGGUAAAGGGUGAGUUAUGAAACACAUCACUGGGAGUAACACUCAUGCUGCACUGUCGCCUCCUUGUGGCGGAGACAUGUACAGACUUUAGUGAAGAGAUUUUUUUUCCAUAUCCACAGGUAGGGUCACGUCAGGUCACAUCUCCAUUUAGAUUGUAUAUCAAUGGAGUGUAAGACCCUGAAAACUGAAUUUCUCGCUCAGCGUGUUAGGCGUGGUUGACGUUUUCUGGAAGCUGGUGAAAGGAGAACUCUUAGCAGAUCUUAAUCAGAAGAUUUUAAUGUAGACUUGAUGCAUCAAGGAGACCAGAGGGUGAAACAAAAAACAGAGUAUGAGCAAUUGUCACCCCCAAGCCUGAAGACGCCUCACACAGCAUCUGCAUAUAUGUCCCUCUACUUGUGUCACCCAUUCUAACAGCACAUCCACUAGAGGCUAGAAUAGCUGUCACUCUCCAUGUUACAUGUAGGUGUUUGCAUCCUAUUGGACAGCUGAGCCUAAAGGAUGCAUAACUGUAUCACAUUGUGUCCUCACAUCGUGCUACUGAUGAAAUAUGCAAAAGAGUUGGAGUUGGUGCCUCUCUGUCUGCGGCACCUGAAUUAGAUAUUAAAAAUCCAUGAGCUACAAUGUACUGCUGGUUGGCCCUUUAUCUAAACCCUGACCUUGGCUAUUGCUUGGAAAGAGAAGGUGUCGUCACAAAGAUGUAAUGUGUGACGAUGGUCAAAAGUUCCUUCACAGUAGGGUCAUAAAUGGGACGCUAGUUACAACUGGGUUUAUUUGAACUGUAAACAUGUUGUUUGUCUGCCUCUUGGGUUAUUUGGUGAGAUGUUGCUGUCAGGUACAAAAGCUCCAGAGCUCCUGGUUCACACGGCGUAGGGUCUAGUUCUUAACGUCAUUAAUUCCACAAGAUGUCGGAACCUUUCCUCACAAGGCUCAAGGUCGAACAAUGUGGGCGAGACUCAUGAAUUUUACCUUAAGAUAAGAAGAAAUACACUGAAUGAUUGGCGAGCUGUGGCCAACUCAUUGAAAGAUUUAUUACAAUGAUCAUGUCCUGAACCUGUGCAAUUCUUAAUGUUUUCUGUAUGUGCAUGUGGUUGCAGGAUUCCUCUCUUUACUAUUUUGCAUGAAUAUAACUGGGGGGGGUGGGGGGUGGCACCUUUUGUGUUUUAUUUUAUUUUAUUUUGUGUCUGUUUUUCUUUUGAUGUUUUGAAUUCAGCGGCUGAUGAGACCAGUAAAUGUUGAAGGUCUUAGAUUUUGUGUAAUAUUGUGCUUAUGAUAGAUAUUACAGUAAUAUGUGCUGCUGAAUCUUAACACUUUGUUGUAUGUUAUGUCUGUUGUUAUUAUCUGU